AUGAUCAAAGAAGGUGAAGGCAACCAUGACAAUCAGGAUUGUUCCGAGCACAGUAAACCACAGAAUAGUGAUGAAUCACACCAGCCCUCCAUCGAUGAAGAUGAGGAUGAUGUUGAGUCACAAGAGAGAGAAAGACUUUUGAAUAGCAACGACACAGCCACGCCAACUGCAGACCAAAUCUGGCGCGGUGAAGAACAAAUCAACCAUGCUCGCAAAUUACUGUACUUUUCACAUCUAUUCGAUCAGUUUUCAGAAGGAACAUGGCAAUUCUGCUUGGUGCUCUUCCUCGCUGCCUUUUCAAAUUAUGAGUCUUUGGUCCUAGUCAGUACCUACGGUCUUUGCUCCGGUAUCUUUGUAUGCUACUUUGGUCCUCAACUUGGACGUUACAUUGAUGGUGCCGACCGAUUAUUCACUGCUCGACUCUUUAUAGGAUUUCAAAGUUCAGCAGUGCUUUUGGCGACUACCUGUUGUUACAUGCUUCUUGCGGGUCAAGAGAGUCCAGACCAUUUUUCUGACCACAUGGAAAGCGAAGAUUCCAACAACAACUAUGGCGUACCUACUGAUACCAAGUCAAUAUUUCUGUUGGUUGGGGUGCAUCUUUUGGGAGCGAUUGCACAAGUUUUGGAUAAUGGCUUUACAGUAGCGAUUGAGCGUGACUGGAUCGUGGUGAUGAGUCAAUAUAUUAUGUUUGCCCCAGGAGAAGAAUCCAAAAAUCUCCAAAAGCAAAAGGCAUGGCUUUCAGAAACCAAUGUGGCCUUGAAACAAAUCGAUCUAAGUUGUCAGAUCAUUGCACCAGCAGUUGCCGGUUUCGUCGUUGCAGGUUGGGAUGGUGGCGGCGAGACUCAUAAUGCAUCCGAUCUCAAGUCGGCGGCUCUGUUUGUUGGAUGUAUGUGCGGCGUAGCUUUGGUUGUGGAAUAUGUCUGUUCGACAAAAGUGUUUUAUAUGGUGCAAACUCUUGCCAUCAAACCAAUUUCUACGAACAAUAAUUCAUCAUCAUCAAACGGCACAAGUUGUGGCCUCUUUGGUCUUUCCCGAGGACUGAAGGUAUUCAUGAGCCAAGAGGUCUCUUGGGCAGGUAUUAGUCUAUCACUGCUAUACUCCAAUGUCUUGACAUUUGGUGCGAUCAUGACAGCCUACUUGGUUUGGCGGGGCAUUUCACUAGAACAAAUCGGAAUAUGGAGAGGCGUCUCCGCCGCGGUCGGUCUGGCGGGAACCUUUGUCUACAAGAUCUUGUCCGCCAAAAUUGGAUUGGUGGGCUCUGGAAUGCUGAGUGUCACGGUCCAAUUCUGUUGCUUGAGUAUAGCUUAUGCAUCGCUCUUUGUCGACAACUUGACCAUCUCCUUUGCCAUGCUGAUUGUUGGUGUUUGUUCCAGUCGAAUAGGGCUGUGGGUUUUUGAUAUCUCGGUGACGCAGCUGAUGCAAUUGAAUGUCGCGGAUGAUGUUCGAGGUGAAGUGGGUGGAGUUCAAUCAUCACUCAACUCAUUUUUCUUUUUACUAUCCUUUGGCCUUGGAAUUAUACUGCCAGACCCAGCAUCCUUUCACAUAUAUGCCAGUAUUGGAUACAUUUUUGUGGCUGCAGCAGCAGUUUGCUUUGCUGUUGGAGUCUAUUCUAAGCGCGAUAGUCUCGCCAAGGCUUGA